AUGGAGAUUGAUGCGACUCAAGCACAUCAAACUUAUGGUCCUAUCUCCCAAGCAGAGCGUCAACACCGUAUGAAGAAUAACCUCUGUAACUAUUGUGGGAAACCUGGACACAAAGCUUUUGAAUGCCGUGCUGCUCAACGUCGUCGUGAAAAUAAAGCUCAAGACCACCUAUGUCUUCCCAUUACUCUCAUGUUUGGGAACUCUCGUUACAACACUAUGGCUAUGAUAGAUUCUGGAGCAACAGCCAGUUUUAUCAACUCAACCUUCCUCAAUACCACAACUAUCCCAAGGCUACCCAAGGACACACCUCUCGAAGUUUCAGUUAUUGAUGGACGACCUAUAAUUUCUGGCGCCAUCACACAUCACUCAGCACCCAUUCAAAUGUGCCUUCCCAACCAAGUCAUGAUCAGGAAGGUGGACAUAGUCAUACCAAAAGAGAGUGGACAUGAACUCAGCUGUGAUCCACAACUUCAACCAUACAAGACACUUGUAACGGUACUGGAAACACGACGACUAGGUCGCAGGUUGGGUCGAACUCGAUGGAUGUCUCGUGGAAAUCUAGGGGCUCUGGUGCUAAUGGAUCGCCUCUCCUCUGCAAUCGAUGUAGCCAAAGAAUGA